UCUAAAAGUAAAACGAAUAUUUAACUGUUUUGGUCUGUUCCACUCCAAAACACGAAGCAUCUUAAAAAUUAACCUUUACUAUUCCCCUAAAACCUUAUUAUAAUACCGUAUUCAUGAACACCACUUCUCAACAAAAUACUUGAAGAGCACGUUAAACCUUUAAUCACGAUCAAUUUAUUGACAAACGUAUUGUCAAGCACAGAAAACUGACAAUGUUAUUGAUUGCCCGCGGUGGUAUUGAACCAGAUGUUUGACUUGAGCAAUAUAUUGAUAAAACCUUGGUGAAUAUCGUGAUAUUGUGUGACUUCGUCAAAAUAUUUAGCAUGCUUCGUUUUUGGAGCCAUUUUUGCAACGAAUGAAUAUGACGAACAGGGAGAAGAUGGAGGAGAAGCGUUUUCUUCUCGAGUGCAUUGAACUAUACAGAGAGCUACCGGCUCUGUGGAAAGUGAAGAGUGCCGACUACUCGAAUAGAGAGAGGAAGAAUGUAGCAUACGGGACGCUACUGGCUAAGUAUAGAGAGCGAUACAAUGACGCCACGAAGGAAGACUUGAAGAGGAAAUUGAACGCACUGCGGACGAAUUUCCGAAAGGAGUUGAAGAAGGUGAACGACAACCGAAUGGCCUGUGGAGAGGAGUAUGUCUCCGGCCUGUGGUACUAUGACGCUAUGCUGUUCCUGCGGGACCAGGAAACUACGGCCGCCGGAGGCACAGCAGGCGCCGGGAGAGAGGAAACCAGCUUACCGGAACAUGUAGACGAUGCUGACCGUCUACAAAGUAGAACUCCGACUUCAGUAACGUCUUUUGAUAGCUUUGUGCAUGGCGGGAGUUACAAAAGGAUGAGAGUGGACAGUAGCGCCGGACCUGAUGACUGGACAUUACCAGCGUGUACACGACAGCCUGAACCAGAAAAUGAAUACCUCAGCUUAGCAAAAAUCUGGGCUUAUGAGGUUUCACAGAUGGAACCACAACAACAACUGUUCGCGAAAAAGGCCAUCAACGACAUCCUGUUUGAGGGCAGGAUGGGUACUCUACACCGAUUCUCUCUGCAGAUCAACACACAGUUGCCUCCCCUGCCACUCGUUAAAUCCGAGGAGCAACUACACGUGAACUGAACCUUGGCGUGACCUGGACGUUGCCAUAAUCAGUUGUGAUUAUGCGCUUAUUCGUGACCAUACAUAUGAGGCUUUACGUUAAUUUCUAAUUAAGUUCAUCCUCUGACUUCCAUAUUUGGUCCAUUUCAUUCUGAACUUUCAGAAGUGUGUUAAAU